AUGGUACUUCUAAGAGUUGAAGUGGAUCCAAGAGCAGAGGCAGAGAAAAAUGGAUCGGAGAUGACUGCGUACAGAAAAACAGCAGCCAUCUUGGAUUUCAUUUUUAGAAGCUCAAGUCGGGGAACCACGUGCAAGGCCAGUAAAGAUAUUGCAAAGACGCAAGAAGAAGUAUUUGGGGAUACGAUACCCCUCAACAAAGGCUUUGGUCGUCGAAUAGAUCUCCUCUUGUCAACUCAUAACCUUGAGUUAUCCACAAAUGAGUGGAAAAGAAAAAAAAAGGUCUCACCCGAACAAUGCCUCAUCCAACAAACUAAAAACAUAAGAAUGAACAAAGCAAUACUCAGUAAGCUACAUGAGCUGCCAUUUAGCGAAAGUGAGGAUAACAAUAGCCUCUAUACAUUAAGCUUGUAUUGGAUAGGAUACCAAGGAUAUAUGUUCGGAGUAGAGAAGAAGGAUAACAUCUACGUUGCAACCCACAUCCGCAAUUUGUCUAUGCCAGAAUACUUGUCCCAAUUCCCUAAUUUGGUUCAUAUACUUGAUGCGCUAUAUUGUUGGAGCAAUCGCCACAACAAUCUUGAAGACAUUCUGUUGCCAGCCUUAAUCACUACAUUGCCCACUACAGACAGUCAUUACGCAAAUAAGCUGAUGUCGUUUGGGAUGUAG